CGGAUGAACGACUGGUUGAAUUCGCUGGAAAUAAAUGAAAACAAAAAUAAAAACCAACAGAGCAAAAGCAGCAAAACACACGCACAAAUAAAUCUGGGAGUAUGUUAAUCACAAAAAGCAACAAAAACAAAACGCAAAACAAUCAAAGCUAGUGUCAGAUAGUGUAUCGGCGGUUGGCUGGCAAUGACCGAGAGAUAAGACUGACAUUAAAGUGCGAUGUUGUGCCCUAAUUACUGAAAGCCUAUAAACCAACUUACAUGCAUACAUACUAUACAUGCAGACACUUAUACAUUGUGUACUUAAAUACAUUUGUUUAUAAACUAACAAAACAUAACAAAAUAAUAAAUUACAGUGUUUUGUAGAUCUAGUGCUUUUGAAAGGUAAAUCCCCUGAGUGGAUUUGUUAAAAAAGAAAUAAAAUUUUGCAUGGAGUUUGAAGUAAGUAGUUAACUAGUAGUUUAGUACAAAUGUACAGGUGCUUGUGCCAAACAGAAAGAACCAGAUCAGAAAUUAAGCCGGGUUGCUAAAAUAACAAAAAUUCGAAAUAAAAAAACAUACAAAACUAACAAAAAAACUACAUAAUUUUUUCACCCUUUUGGGCAGAGGAUAUUACUUCCUUGGCUGCUGAAUGGCUAUCGUUGGUGAAAAAUUUAACUUUUAAGAUAAAAAUAGCGACUUUUUUACGGUUCAAUGACUUUACCUCACCUGACACGUGUUACUCACCAUACACACUCGAACCACACUCGAUAAACUUAUUAAAUACGUUAUACGCACAUGCAUAUGUACCUACUACAUAUGUAUGUAUGUAUGUAUGUAUGUAUGUAAAAAUUCAUAAAUGCAUAAUAAUUUUCUACAUGCGAACUGUGUUUGUUUUUAAUUGUUAAAAACAAAGAUCAAAAUGUGCUCUAGAUAUAUUCGAAUGAGAAAAAGGGAACAUUGCACGCCGAUGCUGUUGCUGAUUGGAAGUGUAUUUGCAUUGCUUGGAAUGACAGAAGCUCAAUCGGAGGUAGGUGAUCCCUGUCAAGUCAAAGGCCAUCGUGGCAUUUGCACUGAAUCAAGCAGAUGUGUGGACUUACCACUGAUCAUGAGUCAGUUGGGCUUAGGAAUGCGUGAUGUAAGUCGGUGCGGUUUUACCACGUACGAGGAGAUAAUUUGUUGUCCAUUAUCUCCAUCUAUACCUACAACAACUAUUAGGACGCGUUCAGAUGAUCGACCAGCUGUAAGAGCCUGCGCUGAAAUCGAUGCUGAGUUACAGCCUCUCCUGACACCACACAUUCUAGGCGGAACACCCGUUGAACUUGGCGAAUAUCCGCAUAUGGUGGCGAUUGGACUGAGCACUACAGAUGAUGAUAUCGAAUACAAUUGUGGUGGUACUUUGAUUGCGAAACGUUUCGUUUUGACUGCGGCUCAUUGUUUGGUGACGCGUCAGAAACCGGUAACGGUGCGUAUGGGGGUAGUGAAUUUUACUGAUACUGAACAAAUGAAGGACGUUGUAGAGAUUCGAAUCAAGAAAAUUCACGUGCAUCCGGAGUACUCGAGCGCCAGCGUAUACAACGACAUUGGAUUGCUUGAAUUGGAAUCAGAUGUCGUUUACACAACCAAUGUAUAUCCGACGUGUCUUUAUACCGAACCAGAAGAUCCGUCAGCCAGCUCUGUACUUUAUGUCUCCGGUUGGGGUGUAAUCAAUAAGAGAACUCGUGAAAAGUCCAAUAUUUUGCUUAAAGCACGCCAGACUAUCGUCGAAAAUCAAAGAUGUAAUGAAAGCUAUGUGGACAAUGGCUUGACACGUAGAAUCAGCGUUGGCAUUAUAAGCAGUCAGAUGUGUGCUCAUGAUCCUGGCCUAACCAAGGAUGCCUGCCAGGGUGAUUCGGGUGGUCCAUUGAUUUUGGUAGUGGAUGAGGCGUUGAGUAAAUUUCGUGUGGUUGGCGUGAUUUCGGCUGGCUUCAGUUGCGGUAGCACCACUCCUGGCCUUUAUACGCGUGUGUCUGCAUUUCUCGACUAUAUUGAGAGUGUCGCUUGGCCCAGUGGUUGAAUUUGUUGCCAUAUACUUAUGUAUGUAUUUCAGGGUUGAUUGAAUAAGUAGUAGAAGAUAAGAUGACUAUGGACCACCGAAUUUCAUGCUUAAAGGACUGAAUUGUUAAUUAAUAUGAGACCUUAAUUUAAGCUUGAUUGAAUAAAAAUAUUAUAAAGUAAUUAAAUUAAGGACCGUACUACACUCU